AUGGGAAAAACCUGUAUUGAACCAAAUCCAUGUGGACUGAAGCCUUGCAAGAAUGGAGCCACCUGUACCAAUGUUGAUGAAAGCUACAGAUGCACCUGUAAGAAUUAUUACACUGGAAUGAAUUGUGAAAUACCACCACCAGUAUACGUCAUGACAGCAAACAUUUCUUCUCUUCUUUUUUCCUUUUUUGCGUUCUUUCCUUAUUUCUUUCUUUUUCUUUCUUUCUUUCCUUAUUUCUUUCUUUCUUUUUCUUUCUUUCUUUUUUUCUUUCUUUUUUCUUUCUUUCUUUCACUGACAUCAAUGCCGAACUACAAGGUUCUUGGAAGAUACGAUUGGGCUUUGGCUUCAAGGAUAUAUUGGGGCUACAACAGAAAGUGGAUAAUGGAAGGUUAUGAAGAACAACUUCAGUAUCUGGCAUAUGAACAACAAUGGAGAUAUACUGUUCAGAAGAUCUGGAAACUUAAAGGAUAUGGAUCAGCACGCCUUGAUCUUGUGUUUAUCAUUGACACGUCUACUUAUAUUGGAGAGAAUAACUUUAGAAUGGUGAAGGCCUUUGUGAAGUCUGUUGUGAAGUAUUUCCGCAUUGCGCCAAGAUAUGUACGAGUUGGUGCCAUAACUUACAGCACUUCGCAUAUAUCUAUAUCUGUUCCUAUCUAUCUAUCUAUCUAUCUAUCUAUCUAUCUAUCUAUCUAUCUAUCUAUCUCUGUUCCUAUCUGUCUAUAUCUGAUUAUUUCUUUCUAUCUAUAUAUAUCUGUUUCUUUCUUUCUAUCUAUCUAUCUAUCUAUCUAUCUAUCUAUCUAUCUAUCUAUCUAUCUAUCUCAAUCUAUGUUUCUUUCUUUCUACCUAUAUCUGUUUCUGUUUGUCUAUCUAUAUCUGUUCCUAUCUAUCUAUCUAUCUAUCUAUCAAUAUUUGUUCCUAUCUAUCUAUCUAUCUAUCUAUCUAUCUAUCUAUAUAUAUAUAUAUAUAUAUAUAUAUAUAUAUAUAUCUAUUCAUCUAUCUAUCUAUCUAUCUAUCUAUCUAUCUAUCUAUCUAUCAGUUUCUUUCUUUCUUACUAUUUAA